UGAGUAAGUGGAGGGAAUUCCGUUUCCGGCCGGUGCUGGAGGUUCCCGCUCGAUCCGUGGCCUGGCGUGUGAUAGAGUUUAAAAAAGCAGAACCGGACUACCGGAAGCGGAAUCUUUCUCCUCGGUCUCGUGGCCCGGAAGCAGCCAUAAGGAUUAUACCGAGGAGGUUCGCGCCAUGUCCCUCAUAUGCUCCAUUUCUAAUGAGGUACCAGAGCAUCCUUGUGUGUCUCCAGUCUCAAACCAUGUUUAUGAGCGAAGACUGAUUGAAAAGUAUAUUGCAGAGAAUGGGACUGAUCCAGUGAACAACCAGCCACUGUCUGAAGAACAGCUGAUAGAUAUCAAAGUUGCCCACCCAAUUCGGCCUAAGCCUCCUUCUGCUACUAGCAUUCCAGCUAUUCUGAAGGCACUACAAGAUGAAUGGGAUGCGGUCAUGCUGCACAGUUUCACUCUGCGCCAGCAGCUUCAGACUACCCGCCAGGAACUUUCUCAUGCACUCUAUCAACACGAUGCUGCCUGCCGUGUCAUUGCCCGUCUCACCAAAGAGGUCACUGCUGCAAGAGAAGCUUUGGCAACUCUGAAACCCCAGGCUGGCCUCAUUGUUCCCCAAGCUGUACCCUCUUCACAACCUAAUGCUGUGGGUGCUGGUGAACCAAUGGAUCUAGGAGAGUUGGCAGGAAUGACCCCAGAGAUUAUCCAGAAACUUCAAGACAAAGCCACAGUGCUGACCACGGAGCGUAAAAAGAGAGGGAAGACUGUGCCAGAGGAGCUGGUGAAACCAGAAGAACUUAGUAGAUACCGGCAGGUGGCUUCACAUGUGGGAUUACACAGUGCCAGUAUCCCUGGCAUCCUUGCUCUUGACCUGUGUCCUUCUGACACCAACAGGAUCCUCACAGGUGGGGCUGAUAAAAAUGUCGUUGUCUUUGACAAGAGCUCAGAACAGAUCCUGGCGACUCUGAAAGGUCACACAAAGAAGGUCACCAGCGUAGUGUUCCACCCAUCCCAGGAACUGGUGUUCUCAGCAUCUCCAGAUGCCACUAUCCGGAUUUGGUCAGUCCCUGGCACUUCCUGUGUGCAGGUUGUGCGAGCUCAUGAGAGUGCUGUCACAGGGCUGAGUCUUCAUGCAACUGGUGAUUAUCUUCUGAGCUCUUCUGAUGACCAGUAUUGGGCUUUCUCUGACAUCCAGACUGGCCGUGUUCUCACCAAGGUCACAGAUGAGACUUCUGGCUGUGCUCUCACCUGUGCUCAGUUCCAUCCUGAUGGUCUUAUUUUUGGGACAGGAACAAUGGACUCCCAGAUUAAGAUCUGGGAUUUAAAGGAACGGACUAACGUAGCAAACUUCCCUGGACACUCUGGUCCUAUUACCAGCAUUGCCUUCUCCGAGAAUGGCUACUACUUGGCCACUGCUGCGGAUGACUCCUCAGUCAAACUCUGGGACCUUCGUAAGCUGAAGAAUUUCAAGACACUGCAGCUGGAUAAUAACUUUGAGGUGAAGUCUCUCAUCUUCGAUCAGAGUGGUACCUAUCUGGCCCUGGGUGGUACUGAUGUCCAAGUGUUCAUCUGUAAGCAAUGGACAGAAGUUCUCCACUUCACAGAGCAUAGUGGGCUGACAACAGGAGUAGCCUUUGGGCACCAUGCUAAGUUCCUUGCUUCCACAGGCAUGGACAGAAGCCUGAAAUUCUACAGCCUGUAGCUUCUGUUUCCAGGAUGUGAAGGAGGUGGAUCUUAUUCUUUGCUGUAGUGAAAAAAUAUGGGGUAAACAUGGGGUGUUGGGUGGGUGGGGGAUGAAAAAUAGGGUACAUUAUAGCUUUUUAUGUCAGUUUUCUGUAGCAUGGAAAGUUGCCCCCUGUACCAAAUGGAUUUGUUUUCCUUUCUGUAUUUGUUUUUCCAGCUUGAUCUGUGCUGUGAUUGUAACAAUAUUGAGUCAAAACCCAUCCUCUGCUGCCUAUCUAGUAGGGAUAGUGGCAGGGAUGAGGAUGAAGAAAGGGAUGGGGAGAUGUGCAGUUUUUUGUAUGCUGCUCUCUAGUUUCAUUAAAAAAGAAUAUUCAACUAUAA